AUGGUGGCAACGUCGUGGUUGCUGCUUCUCGGCCUCGCCACCGCCGGGGUACUUCAAGCUCGUGCACAGCCCGACAGCAUUGGUUUCAUCAGCAUAGACUGUGGGCUGCCGGGGACGGCGAACUCCGUGGACGACGCCACCAAGCUGUCGUACGCCCCGGACGCCGCCUUCACCGACGCCGGCUCCAACAGCAACAUCUCGGCCGAGUACAUCACGCCGACGCUCGCCAAGCGCUACCUCAACGUGCGCAGCUUCCCCGACGGCGCGCGCAACUGCUACACGCUCCGCUCCAUUGUUGCGGGGCUCAAGUACCUCCUCCGCGCAGAGUUUAAGUACGGCAACUACGACGGCCUCAACCGGCCGCCCGUCUUCGACCUCUACGCCGGCGUCAACUUCUGGAGCAGGGUGAACGUCUCGAGCCCCGACGGCGUGGAGAGGCUGGAGGCCAUCUUCGUGGUGCCGGACGACUACGUGCACGUCUGCCUGGUGAACACCGGCUCCGGGACGCCGUUCAUCUCGGCGCUGGAGCUGAGGCCGCUCAAGAGCUCGAUCUACCCGCAGGCGAACGCGACGCAGGGCCUGGCCCUGCUCGGGAGGAUCAACUUCGGGCAGGCCGAUGCUAUUGUCAGGUACCCUGACGAUCCGCGCGACAGAGUAUGGCUCCCUUGGGCCGACGCCACCAUCUGGGAUGUGAUAUGGACGACGGACAGGGUGCAGAACCUAGAGAGCGACGAGUUCGAGGCGCCGUCCAAGGUGAUGCAGACGGCGAUCACCCCGCGCAACGCAUCGAACAACAUCACGUUCUCCUGGAACUCCAAGCCGCAGCCGAGGGACCCGGCGCCGGGGUACAUGGCCAUCAUGUACUUCUCCGAGCUGCAGCGCCUGUCCAGCAGCGCCGUGCGCGAGUUCUUCGUCGAGAUCAACGACGUGGUGUGGCGGUCCACGCUGGGUUUCAGGCCGGACUACCUUUUCUCUGACUACAGCUACAGCACCGCUCCCUUGCCGGCCUCCACUCGGUACAACGUCAGCAUCAACGCCACCGCCAACUCCACGCUGCCGCCGUUCAUCAACGCCAUCGAGGUCUACUCCGUCAUCUCCACCACCGGCGUCGGAACGGACUCCUCGGAUGUAUCUGCCAUCACGGCCGUCAAGGUGAAGUAUGAGGUGAAAAAGAAGAACUGGGCCGGUGACCCGUGUGCUCCGAAGAAUUUUGCCUGGGACGGGUUGACUUGCAGUUAUGCCAUAUCCAGUCGAUCGAGAAUCACCGGCGUGGAUUUAUCACAUAACAAUUUGACCGGCUCAAUUCCAGACGCACUUUCACAAUUACCAUCACUAACGGUUCUAGAUUUGACAAGCAACCAGCUGAGUGGAUCAAUACCCGCUGGACUUCUCAAAAGAAUUAAAGAUGGCUCCCUAAGUCUACGAUAUGGUAAUAAUCCAGACCUUUGCACCAACGCCGAUUCAUGUAAGCCGCCAAAGGGAAAGAGCAAGCUUGCAGUAUACAUUGCCGUCCCUGUAGUUCUAGUUGUGGUGAUAGUGUCAGUGGUAGCAGUACUCUUUCUCUUCCUGAGACGAAAAAAACAAGGAUCGACAUCGACGAACAACACUGUGAAGCCUCAAAAUGACACGCCGAUGAGCUAUGCACCUGCGUCCCUGGCACCAAGGGACGCAUAUGCACAGAGCUCACUGCACCUUGAGAACCGCAGGUUCACGUACAAGGAGCUGGAGAUGAUCACGAAUAAGUUCCAGCGCGUGCUCGGCCGAGGAGGGUUCGGGAAAGUCUACGAUGGCUUCUUGGAGGAUGGCACUCAGGUGGCAGUCAAGCUGCGGUCUCAGUCUUCAAACCAGGGUGUCAAGGAGUUCCUCAUGGAGGCUCAGAUCUUAACACGGAUUCAUCACAAGAAUCUUGUUUCUAUGAUCGGUUACUGCAAGGAUGGGCAGUACAUGGCACUUGUCUACGAGUAUAUGUCAGAAGGCACCCUACAAGAGCAGAUUGCAGGGAGUGGCCGCAAUGGAAAACGCUUAACAUGGAGGCAGAGGCUUCGAAUUGCACUGGACUCAGCUCAAGGGUUGGAGUAUCUGCACAGGGGGUGCAACCCACCUCUCAUUCACAGGGAUGUGAAGUCUACUAAUAUCCUAUUGAACGCAAAACUGGAGGCCAAGAUUGCUGACUUCGGCUUGUCCAAGGCUUUCAAUACUGAUAACGAAGCUCAUGUAUCAACGAAUGCCCUCGUUGGUACACCUGGAUAUGUUGAUCCAGAGUACCAGGCAACUAUGCAACCGACAACCAAGAGUGAUGUUUACAGCUUUGGUGUUGUGCUGCUAGAGAUGGUCACUGGAAGGCAAGCAAUCCUAUCUGACCCGGAGCCCACGAGCAUCAUCCAAUGGGUGAGGCGGCGCUUGGCACGAGGAAACAUUGAGGACGUUGUUGACAAGCGAAUUCGUGGCGAGUAUGAUGUCAACAGUGUGUGGAAGGUGGCAGAUAUCGCACUAAAGUGCACCGUUCAAACGUCGGUGCAACGACCUACAAUGAUCGACGUCGUGGCACAGUUGCAGGAAUGCCUCGAGCUCGAGGAGGGGCACCGCACCGGAGGUGGUAUAAGAGGUAGCUUCUACACCGGCAGCAGCAGCGACCUCGACUUGGGCUACAACGCAUAUGCCGCUGAUAGCCAGUUAACUGACGUGAUCCAGACCAGCACUGCAUUUGAGAUGGAGCAUAAUUUUGGGAAGGUGCCAAGAAUGGGUAGAGGUCCUGUUGCACGCUAAGGCACUCUUGUUGGGUUUUUCAAUGAUGUUAUUUCACCAAAGCAAUUUCGAGUGUACAAAGGUGCAAAUAUAACAUGUGUAUCGGCUAUUGGGCUUUGCCCUAAAACAGAAGAAGGUUCUUGUUGGGUUUUUCAA